GUCAGACGUCAUUCAAUAGGCGACCGAAAAAGCUGGAAAGCAGCAGGUCGCUUUUACAAAACAACUGUGACGAUUGUUUAUUCUGUUAGAAAAUCUCUAAUAAUGCCGAAAGUUAAAAGGAGUAGAAAGCCUCCUCCAGAUGGUUGGGAACUAAUAGAACCGACUCUUGAUGAAUUGGACCAGAAAAUGCGCGAAGCUGAAACCGAGCCACAUGAAGGUAAACGUAAAGUUGAGUCUCUAUGGCCAAUCUUUAGACUUCAUCACCAACGCAGCCGUUACAUUUUUGAUCUGUUCUACAAAAGGAAGGCCAUCAGUCGAGAGCUUUAUGAAUAUUGCAUCAGAGAGGGAUAUGCAGACAAGAAUCUCAUUGCCAAAUGGAAGAAACAGGGUUAUGAGAAUCUGUGCUGUCUGAGGUGCAUUCAGUCGCGUGACACUAACUUUGGAACAAAUUGCAUUUGCAGAGUUCCCAAGAGCAAGCUUGAAGUGGGUCGAAUUAUUGAGUGCACUCACUGUGGAUGCAGAGGAUGUUCUGGAUGAGUCAGGAGAACAAUCUUAGAGCUGUGGCGUGGCAUUGAAAAUAGGGACUGAUUCAAUUUGAUUUGUGUUUUUAAUAUGCUUGUCGAGUCUGGGCAACUCAGUGUUUGAACAUUUUUUUUUUUUCUUUUUAUUGAACUGUUUUUUUUCUUUUUAUUAAACUGUACUCUAUCUAUAUUGUUCUGGUUAACAUUUGUCUAAAUGGAUGUACUUGGUAACAUAUGUAACCUAAUGUGUAAUGAAUAAAACAGAAUUGGGAUUUUCAUCACA